AUGAUUCUUAUGCAUAGUUACACUAUGGACUCAUGGAGUAGUGAAUUGCUUUCUUGUGUUGCACAUAUCAUCGGUCUCAUAUAUUCAUCGUGUUGGCGAGAUGGACUAAAACUUCAACAUGUCCAACUUAUUGUUCCAUCUGAAGACACAACAUACGACCAUAUUUUUGUUUUGAUUCGUCUUGUUAGUUAUCAACCUUUUCAUCAACGUAUUUCUGCUCAAUCAUACAAUGAUGAAACUGUUCUCAUGGAUGCAAGUUUAACCUUUUUAUUUGGUAUAAUAGAAACAUAUGAUUUAGGCUGUUUCAUGAGUUCACAAACAAAUUUAACUACAACGCUUUGGUCCAUAGCACAAACAUCACACUACGAUCGAAUUCGUGUUUGUGCCUACGGAUUUUUGGCAGAAUUUCUUUCUGAUAAACAAUUGAAAGUAUUGAAAAUCAGCAAUAAUAUGUGCGAAUUUUUCUUUCGUAUUCUCGAACAAGCAGAGAAUCAUCCAACAAAAAAAUGGAAAAGAAUAACGAUUUCACAUUUAUUAAAAGGUUUCCUGCGCUUAUCAUCGAAUGAUACUAUUCAAACAAGAACAGCUGAUUCUAACAAAAUAUCAUUACUUAUUCAAUUAUGUGACCAAUAUCCUAUGGCAUUCGAUAUUAUUUGGGCUCUUUCCUUCAAUCCACUUAUUGUCAAACAACUUCAAUCAAACCAAUCAUUCACAACUAGAUUAAUUCAAAUUGAUGAUCAAGCAAGCGAUGAAAAUGUACGUAAAAUUGUGAAUGGUAUUCUUUGGAAUUUAAAUAUAAAUGAUGAGGAAAACAGUUCAUCGGAUAAUAGCUAUGAGAAAAAAUUCGAUAUAAUGAUCAGUUAUUCACGUAAAGACAAACAAAUAUGUAAACAAUUGUAUGAAGAACUUGUUCGAGUCGGAUACUGA